AUGGAGAUAAAAAUCUGGAAAAUAAAAGAAGCAAAUUCCAACACCGGAUUCUUCCCAGUCAGCGACAAUACCUACUCCUUUGCCCUAUGGUUCAACGAACCAUCAUGCGGCAACAACUGUAGUGUCGUUUGGACGGCAUACCGCGACGAUCCCGUUAACGAGAAAAAUUCCCAUUUAUUUCUGCUACAAUCCGGCAUCGUAUCAUACACCGAUCAAGUCACCGUUUGGGCUACCAAUACAAUUUCAGAAUCUUCAGCCGAGUUGUAUCUUGAGGAAAACGACAAUCUUGUUUUAAAGAACUUAAACGGCGUUGCACUGUGGAAAAGCUUCGAUUUUUCGACGAACACUCUUCUUCCUCUUCAGCCUAUUACCAAAAAUUGGUCGCUUGUUUCGUCGAGAAGUGAGAGCAAUUACAGUUCAGGUUUCUUUAAGCUAUAUUUUGAUACGGAUAAUGUUCUUCGUCUUCUUUAUGAUGGUACUGAGACUUCAAGAAGAGUUAGGAAUAUUUCUUCAAUAUCUUCCAUGUCAGGAAGAGGAAGUAGGAGAAGAAGAAGCAGUGGAGAAGAUCUGAGGCGGGAGAGAUUGAGGUGGAAAAUGAGAAGUAGGAGAAGAAGAAGUAGUGGAAAAGAAAAAGAUGAGAAGGACGUCGGGUUAAUAGAUAUUCAAAGUGUAAGGCUUUAUAACAGGGAUAAUGAAGUGUAG